AUGAAUAUUACAAAAGAUACUCUUUUACAAUCCAAAUAUUCACAAACCAUUCUGUUUACUAUCACGAAUCGGAAGACGAAAAAAAAAAUUUGAAUUAGCAAAAAGUAUAUAAGUGAUAAUUUUUGUUUAGUGUAGUGUAGUCCAAAUCCAGGAUCCAAACAGAAAAUGUGCUCCAAAGUUGUUCUGUUUAGUGUGCUUGCGUGCUUCGCUGCUGUGGCAACUACUGCGUCAUGUAGCGGCGUAGUUGUCUGCUACUACGGCGCAUGGUCUAUUUGGAGGUCUAGCUCGGGACAUUAUGGGGUCAGCGACCUACCAGUGGACCUGUGUACCCACAUCGUAUAUUCCUUCAUCGCGCCCACUGCCGAAGGCGGUAUCUACUUCACCGACGCUGAGGAUACUGUCAACGGAAAGAGCAACAAAAUGGAUGACUUCGUGGCAUUGAAACAAAACAAUUCCGAUUUAAAACUUAUGGUCGCUAUGGGAGGAUGGACACCAGCAUCCACCAACUUCACCAUCGUCGUCAACAAUGAUACUCUGAGAGCCACCUUGAUAAACACCAUGGUGUCAUUCGUGGAAGAACACGACCUGGACGGAGUGGACCUGGACUGGGAAUAUCCUGCACAAAGAGGAGGAGCAGAUUCUGACAAGGAACAAUUCGUGGUCUUGGUAAAGGAAUUGAAGGCUGCAUUGGGAAGCAAACUUUUGACUGCCGCUGUUGCUGUUACCCAGUCUAACAUCGACCUUUCUUAUAAUGUCACCGAGCUUAACAAAUACCUGGACUACUUCCACCUGAUGAACUAUGACUACCACGGCAGCUGGGAGACCGUCACUGGUGUUGUCGCCCCCUUGUACGCGCAGCUAACUGAUGCUGCAGGCACUAACCUUAAUGUAAACCAUUCAGUGUACACUUGGAUUGAAAACGGCGCCAGCCCAUCGAAGUUGGUUCUUGGCCUGGCUGCUUACGGCAAGACCUUCACUCUCACUAGCCUGGACAACACAUCAACGGGUGCCCCUGCAUCCGGCGCCGGCGUCGCUGGUCCCUUCGUUGGAGAAGCUGGCUCUUAUUCCUAUGCUGAAAUUUGUUCCGACCAAGCUGCCAAUGCUACUGCAUGGUCAAUCACUGAGGUCACUGGUAACUACGUUUAUGCUAACAAGGACACUUUCUGGGUUGGAUAUGACAAUGCCAACACCAUAUAUGCUAAGGCACAAUACGCCAAAGAGAUGGGACUAGCUGGCAUCAUGUACUGGGCUGCAGACCUCGACGACUUCAAUGGUCUAUGCGGAUCAACAUACCCUCUCAUCAAAGCUGGUAUCUCUGGAUACAACGCAUAAACCUUCAAGACCUACAAAUAUACAAUAGCAUUAACAAUAAUUUGACUAUCUCGAGGAGGCUUUAAAGUCUCCAUGAAGCAAGAAACACGUUAAGUACUUAAUCAGACUUCCUUAAUCUAUAUAAGUACUCGAUGACGUCAUCAAGUGUUUUAAAAAGUCAUAGGGACGUGAUAAUGUUACACUACUCUGUCCUUUAAAAAUAAGGUUAAUAUUAUCACUUUACGUAAUCCGACAAUCAGCAGGGAUGCCAUUCGAGGCAAUUAUCCAUAAUAUAAGUCACACUAAAAAAAGUUUAUACCUACAUAAGUUCCCAGUGACGUCAUCACGUAUUUUAUAAUGUUAUAGGAAAAUAAUAAUCUUAUUCGAUUCUGUCAAUUCUUGGCCUUUUUGUUUGUUGUUUUUAUUUUGUUUACACCUGUUUUAUUUAAAAUUUUAUGGU